UCCAGAUAACCUUUUUCCAACGCCAAACCAAAAAAAUAAACUUUUAUUUUUAUCAAAGACGAAGCUGCAUUAGAAAUGGAGUUGGAUCUUGAUCUCACUCUUUCACCUCAUACUUAUUCAUCAAAGUUCGGGUUUGACUUUGACCUCAACAAGCAUUGUGCGAUUGAGGGUGUUGCCUCUUGUUUGGAUUCCGAAAAACUGCGUUUUAGGGAGAUGUUUGGAUCGGAGAAUAUCGAAGAAGAUUGUCAUAUGUUGCCAAAACCGCGUUUGUUUUCUCUGAAUGGCCAGCCAAACGAAGAAGAUGGAGAUCCUUUGGAAUCCGACUCUUCCAUUGUUUACGAUGAGGAGGAAAAUAGCGAAGUCGUGGGAUGGCCACCGAUAAAGUCAUGUAUGACAAAGUAUCAUAAUUAUCGUCAUUAUAGUCGCCAAGAUUGUGAUAGAGAAGAUACAAACUACACAUUCACCUUCCAUGGGAAAGAGGGUGACUGGCUAUUACCAGGAGAUGUUCCAUGGAAGAUCUUUGCUGAAUCUGUUCAUCGAAUAUCAAUAACUAGAGAUUGUCGGUGUGCCUAUACAAAACUUUUGUUUUAAGGAUGAAAGUUCAAAGCGGACUAUUAUUUUGUAAUUAAAAUGUCUAUCAGAUAAGAAAUUUCCCCUUUAUAUGAAAUUCAAUGACUGUUAGCGGAUCAGUUUCGAAGAAACCUUGAAGACUUGCCUAAAAUUUCAGGUGGAAUAUGGGAAAAAUUCUUUAGUCGGCAGAAAAGUAAUAAUAUCUCCGGAGAUACACUCAUGCAAAAUAACUAAGUAAGAGAAUACGAGUAUAUUAUUAAGCCCAAAAGAGGAGAAACUGUGAGAAACGUUCUCCUCGAUAUUUCUAAAACAUAAAAACUCUUCUUUUGUUACAUCUACAAACUUGCCGGAUUAAAC